AUGACUGGAAUACGCCCAAUUCCGCCUUACCCAUCCGAAGAAUACAAAGAUCUUUUAGCUAAGAUGCCAUCUGUGUUGGACUUGGACAAGACAAUGAAUCCCAAACAUCUGCCUCUAUUUCUCUUGGUUGUUCUCUUGUUGCCGCCGGUUCUGCUGACAGAAUUCCUGAUGGCAUCGCCUCUUAAAUCAGCCGUGAAAAGAAAGACAAGGUCGUUCCUGAAUUCCAGUAAUCCUGCCAUUUUCAGUGCAAACGAGGCAAAGCUGAAGUGGACAACCGAUGUCCACUCUAAUAAAAGUCCCAACAAGAAGACUGUUGCCAAUCUCCUUGGUUACCUGAUCCCAAAGUUCGCUGGGGAGGGUAUCAAAAAAAGCAAAUUCCGUGUAAUGCUUCACAUAAAAUUCCGGGGCAGAAUUCGUAAGGUCAGAAAAGAUCCUAAGGCUGAUGUUGAUUUUCUGAUGAAGAGGAACUGUUCUGGACUGAUGAUUAAAUCAGAAAUGUCUGUAGACGAAUCGGAUGACGAGUUUCCUCGGAGACCUAGCAAAUUCAUUGUCAAGUUUAACAAGCUCAUCAUCAUUGAUGAUAUUGUGAAAGAAAACCUGGGCAGCAACAUUCGCCAGCUGCUAAACACAAAUCUCAUCAGCUUCUCUGAGAAACCAGUUCCUGAUGACGUCGCGUCACGUUUCCCUCCGUGGAACCUUAGAUAUGGGCCACAAUAA